AUGCAGCGGCGCUGGAGUGGCCACCUGGUGCGCAUGGACGACGAGCGACUUCCCAAACGACUCUUCUACGGAGACGUCGCGACGGGUUCUCGUCGUAAAUGUGGCCAGAUUCGCUGUUACAAUGAUACCAUGAAGUCCUCCCUGAAACGCCUGCAAAUCAUCUCCACCAAAUGUGAGGAGCUCGCACUCGAUCGACCGACCUGGAGGGGACAGUGAAGACAGGCGCUGCGAUCUACGAAGCCAACCGCAUCGCUGCCGUCAAGGCGAAACGCGAAGCCCGCAAAUCACAACAUCGCCCGGUACGCAACGCCACCGCACAACCGCUUCCACCCUGUCUUCGAUGUCAACGGACAUUUCGGGCUCGAAUCCCAGUUGUUGGACAUCUUCGGAUUUACUGUGCCUCUCGAACUGCACCCAACUUUAUCCCCCCGCCCGCGUCAUCCUCGUCCUCUCUGCCGCCGAAUAACUCUGACAAUUCUUCUGACCCACCACUUCCAUCCUCCUUCUCUUUCUCCUCCUACUCCUCCCUCUCCUCCUCCUCCUCCUCCACCCCCUCCUCAUCCUCCUCCUCCUCCUCCACCACUGCCCCAUUGGCACAUCACCAAGCGCGGCACAACAACAGACACCACCCCCACAUCUUGCGACUCCAGCGAUGA